AUGGAAGAGGAAGUGACACGUUUAGAAGAAAUGGGCCAUGAAUAUGUGGGGACGUCGGGACGCAGUACUGGCAGACUAUGCACUGGAUCAAUUCAUCAAGCACGUCCAAUAGAGAAAACGGUUCUCCUUCCCCAAGCACCUGGCAUUCCGUACGCCCUAGUCGAUUUUCCACCGUGUAGAGCUAGAGAGAAAGAGGUUGCCAUGCGUAUUCAGGUCGCUGAGUCGCUCACUGCGUGCGUGACUGGGCUGCUGACAAAGCCAAUGUUGCAUGUUAAAGCCAAUGUUGCAGUCAUCGUCAUCAUAUUCUGGUAG